AUGCGACGUAGUCAAGCACUGGCAUCGCCAGAUAAAAAAUGUGGUCGGGCAUCAGUGGAAACUGCUCCUAUUCCUAGACGGAUAGAUUCCGCCAUUGUUGACGACAUCAUCCAUAAAGUGGAAGCCACCAUUUUGGAGGAUCACCGCAUAACUAUUCGGCAACUAGGCCAAGAAGUGAGGAUUAGAAUAGGGUCUGUGGAAAAAAUCAUUCACGACCAUUUGCACAUGUGGAAGUUGUUUGCACGAUGGAUUACCCGGAUCACACAUUUUCAGAUGCAGGAUAGAGUCAGUUGUACCCCGGCUCUUUUGGCAAUGCGCCAAGAAAAUGAGGAGGACCUUUUCGGCAGACAUAUAACACAUGAUAAAACAUGGGUCCAUCACUAUGAUCCUGAGUCUAAAGUUCAGUCGAAGCAAUAG